AUGGCCCUGAAGAGAAUCAACAUGGAGCUGCGGGAGGUACAUAGGGACCCGCCGCCGGGUAUCAGCGCCGGACCGGUGUCUGACAGCAACAUGUUCCACUGGUCGGGCAUGAUCCUCGGCCCGGCCGACUCGCCCUACCAAGGCGGCGUGUUCUUUCUCGACAUCCAGUUCCCGCCCGACUAUCCCUUCAAGCCACCCAAGGUCCGCUUCAUCACCAAAGUGUAUCACCCCAAUGUGAAUGCGAACGGCUCCAUCUGCCUGGACACGUUGAGCACCAACUGGAGCCCCGCGCUGACGGCGUCGAAGAUGCUGCUCUCCAUCCUGCUGCUGCUGACCCAGCCCAACCCCGACGACCCGCUCCGCAGCGACGUGGCACACGUCUACAAGACCGACCGGGCCAAGUUUGACGCCACCGCGCGGGAGUGGACGCAACGCUACGCCAUGUAG